GUUUGUCCUGUGACGUAUACGUAGUGACGUAUAUUUUGCGCGACAACCGGUGCUGAAGAUGGGCCAGAGUCAAAGUGGAGGACAUGGACCUGGAGGUGGAAAGAAAGAUGAUAAGGACAAGAAAAAGAAAUAUGAGCCGCCCAUUCCAACUAGAGUAGGAAAGAAGAAGAGAAAGUCCAAAGGACCCGAUGCUGCCAGCAAACUGCCUUUAGUCACUCCUCACACACAGUGCAGGUUGAAGCUCUUGAAGCAGGAGAGAAUUAAAGAUUAUCUUCUAAUGGAAGAGGAGUUCAUCAGAAACCAGGAGCAGAUGAAACCUCUUGAGGAAAAACAGGAGGAGGAGAGGUCAAAGGUCGAUGAUCUCAGGGGCACCCCAAUGUCUGUGGGUACUCUGGAAGAGAUUAUUGAUGACAAUCAUGCUAUAGUCUCCACAUCUGUGGGCUCUGAGCACUAUGUCAGCAUUCUCUCAUUUGUCGACAAAGAUCUGCUGGAGCCCGGCUGUUCUGUCUUACUCAACCACAAGGUCCAUGCUGUCAUAGGGGUGCUGAUGGACGACACAGACCCUCUAGUUACAGUGAUGAAGGUGGAGAAAGCUCCACAAGAGACAUACGCAGACAUCGGUGGACUGGACAAUCAGAUACAAGAAAUUAAAGAGUCAGUUGAGCUGCCUCUAACCCAUCCAGAAUAUUAUGAGGAAAUGGGCAUCAAGCCUCCUAAAGGUGUCAUUCUCUAUGGCCCACCUGGAACAGGUAAAACACUUCUUGCCAAGGCAGUGGCCAAUCAGACGUCUGCAACAUUUUUGCGUGUUGUUGGAUCAGAGCUUAUUCAGAAAUAUCUUGGCGAUGGACCAAAACUUGUACGCGAGCUGUUCAGGGUGGCUGAGGAACACGCACCCUCUAUUGUCUUCAUUGACGAGAUUGACGCUAUUGGAACGAAAAGAUAUGACUCCAAUUCUGGAGGUGAGCGUGAAAUUCAGAGAACCAUGUUGGAACUCCUUAACCAGCUGGAUGGUUUUGACUCGCGUGGAGAUGUAAAGGUCGUUAUGGCUACUAACAGAAUAGAAACCCUUGACCCUGCCCUUAUUAGACCUGGUCGUAUUGAUCGUAAGAUUGAGUUCCCAUUACCGGAUGAAAAAACCAAGAGAAGGAUCUUCCAGAUCCACACCAGCAGAAUGACCGUGGCAGGAGACGUAAGCUUGGACGAUCUCAUCCUGGCUAAAGAGGACCUUUCUGGAGCUGAUAUUAAGGCCAUCUGUACAGAAGCAGGGCUCAUGGCCCUCAGGGAACGCAGGAUGAAAGUUACCAAUGAGGACUUUAAGAAGUCUAAAGAAAAUGUUUUGUAUAAAAAGCAGGAGGGCACCCCUGAGGGUCUCUAUCUCUAACCUUUCUCCAUUGUCCAUUCUCACAAUUUAUGUGUGCAUGCAGUACGCACGUGUACAUUUGGCUACAUUUUUCAUAUGUAAUUUUUUUGGCAGCAUGUCUUUGUGAUUAGAAAAUAAAUGCCGGUCAUGUAUAUGAAAAUUUUGAUUGUUUCAUUUACAUAAUCUCACGAUUAUGUAAAUGAUGAAUUAAAUUAAAUUGAACUAAACAAAAAACAUCUUGAUGUUGACCUAAUAUUAAUUUAAGAAGUUAUUAGAAUGAAACACUGGUUAUCACACAAAUGUCAUUUUACUGUAAUUUGCCAUAGUAUUACUUUUUUAUACUUUUCUGUUCAUAUUGAGUUUUUACAAAACAGAUAAAUAAGUCUUAUAAAGAAUAACAUUUGUGAUUUUUAUGUAUGAACUUCGAGUAUUUUCUCUUUGGAGAAAUGUCCAUAAUGAGGUACUCCAAUUUGUUUAUUUUAAAAUUAUUGAUAAUAUUUUCAAAGAUGUUUAUUGAAAACCUUUUUUCUGCAUUUCUCUAAAUUUCAUUUUCUUAGUCAACAAAAAGUGACAGUAACAGACAUUGCCUGUAGAGAAAGCGUAUGUUCAGAUAGAGAAGAAUGAUUAAUUUCCCUGCAAGAAAGUGGUUUUGCUAAUUACUAAAGGACACGUGCCAGGCUGUUUGUCUUUCUCCCUUCCAGACUCUGCAGAGAUUGGCAUUAAUGCAGUGUUUUAGAUCGUUCUUGACUUGAAUCUGUGCCCUUUAAUUAUUUAAAAUGAUCCUAUCACACACUAUCCCAUGUUGUCUAUACUGCAGUUUAGUUUAAAUACAUUACAGGAAAGCUACAGUAUUGACACGAAAUGCAUAUGCAUAAGAUCCACCAAGAAAAACAAUACUGAACGUGUUUGAACGUCAGUUGUGUGCACUGAAUGA